AUGCAACUUAAACAUCUCGUUAUUAUUGUCGCGGCUUUCGCUUCAACGGUUAUUGCGCAAGAUGCAACCAAAAGUAUUACGGAUAAUGUGAUGACAAAUAAAAAUUUGACCACAUUAAGGAAUUUUAUCAGUGCGAAUGAAGAACUCUCCAAAGUUUUGGCUGGAAACGAUCAAUUGACUAUACUCGCUCCAUCGGAUAAAGCUUUUACAGCUCUCGGUGCAAAUUACCCAAAAGAUCCAAAAGAUAUAGAAAACAUUGUAAGAUAUCAUAUCAUUAAUAAAGCUGCCCAAGUCGAUGACCUUAUCCAAACCAAAUAUCCAAACACAUUACUUACCGAGGGGGUUAAAUUACCUGAUAAAGCAGGUCAGGUUGUUGUGGUUAGGUCAGGUGGCAAUGAUGGUGCUACCAUUAGCGAUGGUCUCGAGAGAGCUAAAGUUGAACAACCUGACUUGGCUGCCAAAAAUGGUUACAUUCAUGUCAUUGACACAGUAUUAAUGCCACCAAAGGGUCCAUCAGAUACCGUCAAGCAAGUUUCUGAAUUAUCUACCUUUUCCCAAACGCUUACCAUCAAGGAUCUCAUUUCGGAUGUUGAUAAUGAAAAUGAAAUUACAAUCUUCGCCCCAAAUAAUGAAGCUUUUGAUAAAUUAUCAAGAAGCACACUUGAAUCCAAAGAUUUUAAGGAUACCAUGAAAUAUCACAUCGUUAAAGGUGUUUUUUAUUCUCGUACAGUUGAAAAUGGUACUGAAGCAAAAACUUCCAAAGGGGAAAAGGUUUUAAUCACAAUUUCAAAUGGAGAGGUUUUUGUUAACGAUGCUAAAGUUGUCACCGCCGAUAUUUUGACAAACAAUGGUGUCAUACAUGUAAUUGACACUGUACUUGAUCCAAGAAAAGCCAAAUCAAAUGCUGGCUCAAUCAAGGGUAGUCCUCUUUCUUGUGAUACAAGCGUUGAACUUUCCGUAUUACGUAAAGGAUUACCGUCACCACUCGUCGUUAGUAUGGGAGUUGAUUGUGGUCUUGGAAUUUGUUGUGUGGAUGACCAAAGAGCGUUAUACACGUUUCUUUUCGUAAAUCGAUUUUGGUGUAGAAUUAUAAUUCCAUUCUUAUGGAGACAUCCAUUUUCAUGUACAUCAAAAGGAAAGGAAAUCAAUACGUUAUUAUCCUUGCUCAAUCCUGAAGAGAGGUUAGGGAUUAUCAAUGAUCACGAUAACAUUACAUUACCACCUCCUUCGACAUUGUUUAAUUAUGCAUCAUAUAUUCAAGAUUACAAUAAUGUUGAACUUUUUCAAUCGAUUGAAAGUUGGUACGAAACUUUUUAUGACAUUUAUUAUUCGGCUGAAAUUCAAAUCAUCUUUAAUGCGUUUACAAAAUUAAUCAUGAGAAAUUCAAAAAUCAUUAAAAACCUUUCGCUCUUACACAUUCAUAAAUCAAUUUAUCAUGACAUCCCCGAGAUUUCCAUCUUUGUCAACUCUCAACCUGGGUUUAUAAACAUAAAUAAAUUCGAGUUAAACACUUCCUUUAUAACUCCUCACGUAUUUGACCUUUUGGUCUCACUUAAAGAAAUUUCUCAUAAUAUUCAAGAUUUAAAAAUCCAUGGAAGUAGCAUGAUAGAUAAAAAAAAGAUUGAUUUAAUUAUUCAGUUAAUCAAGGCACAACAUAAUUUAUCCUUUGUUUGGUUACAUAGGUUUGGUUUGGAGUUCACUUCUAUCCUUGAAACUUUAACAUCAAUUCAAUCAAAUUCGUUAACCACCUUAAAGUUAACCCGAAUUUCUAGACAUAUAUCACUUUCCUCGAUUCAACGAUUCAAGAAUUUACGAAAUCUUUAUCUGCGUGAUUGUGAUGGUUUAGGUCAAAAUUUGCUUGAUAAUGUUUCAAAAGUGGAUUUUAAUUUAAAAUCAUUGGAAUUGGAUCGUAUGACAGAACAAUUUCUUCAAUCUUUCUUGAAAUUACAAAAUGAAAAUUUACAAAAGAUUUCCUUUUAUCACAAUACAUCGCUGAAAGUAAUUCAAGACUUUUUUAUUAGAUGCUCACAUAUUUCUAAUAUAAAGGUUAGAGGAAGACAAUAUCAAAAAGGGUUCAUUUCAUCGUUAUCGGUGUUAGAAAGUAGUUUAACCUCUUUCUCCAUUUAUUUUAAUUCUUCUCGUUUAUAUCAGAUUUUUGAUGAAUUAUGUAAUAUUUCUUUGCCCAAAUUAACUUUUCUUGAUAUUGAAAUGCCUAAAUCCGCUAGUCUCUUGGAAUCUUAUUUAAGGAUGACAUCUUCACCUUUACGAACAAUCAUUCUUCAUUUCAGUUAUAAGAUUAGUAUGGAAUAUAUUAAUAUUUUAUUAAAAUUUUCCAAGAGGAAGACUUUAAGAAUUGUUGGAAUUAGCCUAAAAUCUGAUGAGAAAAAAUUUAAAGAAUUUUCAAAGAUUACUGAAGGGUGCUUUCAAAUUGUUGAUUCAUGGGAUAUACAAUAG